GUAGGAUGAUUCAUACUUAAAUACAAUACUAUUCAAUACUAUUGCUGAGUGUAUUUAUUCCAUUGUCGUGCAAUACAAUGUAACUAUUGAUAGAAUUUGUAUUCUUCCUACAAGAUAAUCGUAUACGUCAUGGGCAAGACAUACUAUUGCGACUAUUGUGACAGAUCUUUCAAGGAUGAUGUCGAAGCUCGUAAAAAGCAUUUAUCCAGUAUGCAGCACAUGACAAAUCGAGCGAGUCAUUACAGCACAUUUAAAGAUCCAGAAACGAUAUUAAAGGAGGAAUACUGCAAAACUCCAUGUAAACACUAUAUGAUCAUUGGAGACUGUGCAUUUGGUCCUGGUUGUCGAUUUUCGCAUUACACACCACCAAUGAUAUGGGAACUUCAACAGCUCGUUGCGAUGAAAAACUCCAAAGUCUCAACAGCUCAACCUAAGGAUGGCUGGCCAAAUUCAGAAGAUAUUAUCAAGGAAUAUUUUGAGAAUGUGAUCGACUCGAGCGGCACCGAGGAUCUUAAUCAUUUGGUGUGGAAUACACCGUCAAAAUUAAUCAAUUAUCCUUAUUUACCACCUUCUUUGCGGUCUGAUACGGCAGAAAGAAUGAUGGACUGUAAUUUUAGUAAAUGGGGUUGAAAGACUGAUGUUAGAAAUUCUAAAAAUAAACGUAUUUAUAUUGGUAAU